AUGCGUUCAGCCACUACAGGAUGCUGGACAUGCCGCGUUCGACACCGAAAGUGCGACUUGGAGAAGCCCUCCUGUAAAGAAUGCACUGAGAGAGACGUUCGCUGCCACGGGUAUGGACCCAAGCCAGUAUGGAUGAACGGCGGACCAGAAGAGCAGAAAGAGCGAUCAAGAAUCAAAGCUACAAUAAACAAGAAUUUUCGACGAGUCAAGAAAUUGCAGCAUCUAGCUCGCCAAAGAGAGAGGGAGUCAAAUACAUUGCAUGAUGUACAAAGACAAGACGAGAUACCCGAUGCGGUAGCAAGUCCAGCAUAUUCUCCGCAACUCGCAUCUCUGACUUCUCAACACGAAGAUCUCGAAGUGACUGUUGACUCUGAACCUCAAUCUGUGACUCCCGUCUCCGAUCGAGCCUGUGAGCCCCGUCUAGAUUCCAGCCCACGGCGUACUGGGGGUGAUGGUGGGAUUGACAACCAGGAGGCUUGUUUGUUGAUGCAUUAUCUCGAUCAAGUCUUUCCUUGGCAGUAUCCAUAUCAUGACUCCCGCUCUCGAUUAGGAAAUCGAGGUUGGCUCUUCCUACUGCUGAUCAAGCGUGGACCUCUCUAUCACGCUAUAUUGAGUCUCUCUUCUCUUCACCAAGGUGCUUUACUCGACGCCAAAGAAGAUAUUUUGAAAAAGCAAAAGGCAUUGAACCAUCACUCCAGGGCACUUCGGGAGCUGUGUGACAUGAUGAGUGAAAAGGGUGAUAAAUUAAGGGACGACCAUGCCCAAUUGGCCGAUUUUUUGACUUGUAGCUUCAUGUUGAUCAGCUUCGAGGUAUUCUGCGGUGCGGAGCAUGAUUGGAUUCCACAUCUAGAUGCAGUUACAUCUGUCAUGACUGAAUUAUCUCCAGAGGAAAUCUUCAAACCACAGACUUAUGAUGACACCAACAAGAGAAGUGGAACAAAUGCCGACCUUGAAUUCCUGAUGGUUGGUGUAAUGUGGUAUGAUCUUCUCGCUUGCGUUUCAACGGGCAGUGUACCACGGCUACCAUACCAAAGCUGGCUCCAGACCCCACAUCUUGAUACAGCUGACCUCAUGGGUUGUGAGAACUGGGUGAUGCUAGCGAUCGGUGACUUAGCAUAUCUUUCGGCGUGGAAAGGGCAACAAGAAAAAGACGGGCUGUUGAGUAUUCGAGAACUUGCGUCCAAAGGCAUAGAGAUCGAGACACGAUUAGAAAAUGGCAUCAAGAGCUUGGAUCAGGAAGAGGUUGGCGAUGCAAAGAUGGAAGGGGUCCGAAGUUGGGUCUCUCAUCUCUUUGCGCUCGCAGCUCUUGUUUUGCUGCACACGAUAGUCUCAGGGCCACUCCCAGUGCUUCCAGAAAUAAGGAAUGUCGUUUCUAGGAGCAUCGCGGUGCUCGAGACGAGGCCCAAGACUUGUCCUCUCACAGGGUCUGUAUGGGCAUUAUGUAUAAUAGCGUGUAUGGCACAGUCCCACCAGCCAUUCUUUGAGAGAUUAAUGGGGCAACUGAUGCGCGAGUCCGGACGAUUUGGGAAUACUGCAACCGUGCAGAAGAUUAUCACCAAAUGCUGGGAAAUGCAGGAAACCGGUCGGGCAGAUUGCCGGAUCGCCAUGUCCGAGAUGGGAAUCCAUGCCCUGUUGAUAUAA